AUUUAGUUGACAUUUUGGAACUGAAGUGCAUGAGACAUUGGCAGCAGGGACAGCAUGGAGCUUCUGAUCAGGGGGACAAGGCCGCUGCUGAAAGGAAUCUGCUCGCUACCUCAAAUGCGGAGAUUACAUCGGCUCCCCCCCAGACUCUCCCCUCUUAUCCCCAUCGUGGUGGAACAGACGGGCCGAGGAGAGCGAGCCUAUGACAUCUUCUCCAGAUUACUGCGGGAGCGUAUCAUCUGCGUCAUGGGGCCGAUCGACGACUCGCUCGCCAGUCUGGUGAUCGCCCAGCUCCUCUUCCUACAAUCCGAGAGCAACAAGAAGCCAAUUCACAUGUACAUCAACAGCCCAGGUGGAUCCGUGACAUCUGGUCUGGCAAUAUAUGACACCAUGCAGUAUAUCCUGAACCCCAUCUGUACCUGGUGUGUGGGUCAGGCAGCCAGCAUGGGCUCCCUCCUCCUAGCUGCCGGUUCCAGCGGAAUGAGACACUCGCUGCCAAACUCCAGAAUCAUGGUCCACCAGCCGUCCGGAGGAGCCAGGGGUCAGGCCACAGAUAUCGCCAUACAGGCCGAGGAGAUACUGAAACUGAAGAGACAGAUCAAUGAGAUUUACGCCAAACACACGAGGCAGCCGCUGUCUCUGAUCGAGUCUGUGAUGGAGAGAGAUCGAUAUAUGAGCCCCACAGAAGCUCAGGCGUUCGGCAUCCUUGACAAAGUCCUGGUACACCCCCCACAAGACGGAGAAGAUGAACCGGAACUGGUGCAAAAAGCCGAAGAGACCCCACCAAAGUCUGAGCCUUAGGAGGAGGAAGCUGUGAAAAUAAAUUCCC